CACCUGAGAGAAAAAAAAAAAGCUGCUCAGCUCGGAACAGCUGAACGAAACCGGCGAGUGAACUGUGAAGCUGACAAAAGGCGUUUUUCCGUUUCAUACAAGCAGAUUUUAAACUUAAAAUAGAUUGUGCGCAAGUCUGAGAGUCCAGUCUCAAUACUCAUUAUUUGUUUGCAGUUUUUUUUUAUUAUCGAAUCACCGUCAAAUGCGUUGUUAAACAGUUUGCAGCAUCUGCUAGCAGCAGCUAGGCUAACAGGUAGCCAGGUAUGAAAAGGGGAAUACCUGAUAGCUUUGAAGGUUGUCCGUCGGCGUUAAUGAUUUGUGGAGCUGAUGAUUGCGCAGUUAUCUAAGCUAAAGACAGGCAGCGGACAUCUCAAGUGUUUGGCAGUUAAGGAAACUAACGUUUAGGUGUAGCUAGCGGUCAGUUAAUACUUCAGCUAACUAGCGGCGGUGAACUCAUAUCCGAGGUGCGUUAAAGGUGCUCCGGUAACAGGACAAGAGAUGGCCAGUGGUCCCACUGCAGGCUUCACUUGCCGGGCAAAUGGAGAGAAAUCACCGGGGCGAGUGUCCGCUUCUGGCCGCUCACGUCGCCACCUGUCCGAGUCAGAGAGUGACGGUGGCCCGGCCCUGAGAAGCUUAGCGCGGCUGUGCAGCAGGGACGAAGAGGAGCGGGCAGCGGCUCUGGAGGAGCUGAGCCAGGGGGUCCUGGUGGGCUUGGAUCUGGACCGGCCCGGUUCGACACGGCUGAGCAAACAAACGCUUCUGCAUCUGCUCCGGCUCUCCAGGUCGUGUCCACUGCAGGAGGUGCGGGGGAGAGCCACGGAGCUGCUGCGGACUGCACAGGAACAAGGAGUUGAAGUACCGCGAGCUCUGGCCUCAGGCCCAAGUGCCUUUAUCCCCGCAAAACAGAUGUUGAAAGAAGGAACGGACCAGGACAUCCUGAUUGAAUCUUUUCUUUCAUUGGGUCGUGUGGACCACAUCACCAUGGUGAUGGCGCUGCACCCUGCUUACCUCAGCUGCUUCCUGAGGACCCAGCAUGCAUUGUUGGAGCUGGACGGCCCUUUGCCCCACCACUGGAGACAUUAUAUCGCUGCCAUGGCUGCAGCUCGACACCACUGCUCCUACCUGGUGCAGCAUCACAGCGCAGGUUUCCUGGACGCUGGCGGGGAGGAGAGUUGGCUGAACGGCCUGGAGCAUGCUCCCACCAAACUCCGCAGCCUGCAAACACUCAACAAGCUGCUGGCGCACAGACCCUGGCUCAUCACACAGCAGCACAUCCAGGAACUAGUGUGUCCUGGAGCAGAGCCUCGCUGGUCAUUGGCUGAACUUAUUCACGCUGUGGUCCUGAUGGCACAUGCUCACUCUCUCUGCUCGUUCGUCUGGGGCUGCGGCUUAAAUCCUGAACCUGACCACGUCGGAGGUCAUACCUUCCAGCCUCCUUCACCCAGUCACUUCCCUCACAGCCCGCACAGUCCCGCUCAUGAGGAUGGCAGACAAGAGUUGGUUGACGGUGCAAUGGAGGUGGAGGUGUUGAUGCAGAGGAUGGUGGCGCUGCAGCAGCAGGAGGAGGAGUGCACACAGGAAGAGAUGGUCACUCGCUUUGAGAGGGAGAGGAGUGAGAGCAUACCAACAGCGGUGGUGCGGGGCGCUCCACCUGACCUGGUGUUGUGUCUGGUGGAGGAUCCGGAGUUCACAUACGAGGACUUUGCCCCCAGAGGAGAGCAGUCACCAACCACCAUGAGAGCCCAGGACUAUUCAUGGGAGGACCACGGCUACUCUCUGGUCAACAGAUUACUGCCAGACAUGGGCCAGCUCCUGGAUGAGAAAUUCCAGGUUGUGAGCAACCUAACCUACCACAGGAUGGCCAUGCAUGAAGGUGUGGACACUCACACGCUGAGAAAAGCCCUGUGGAACUACAUCCACUGCCUCUACGGGAUACGAUAUGACGAUUACGACUACGCAAGUGUGAACGUGUUGCUGGAGCGGUCUUUGAAGGUGUUUGUUAAAACCAUGGCCUGUCACCCUGAGCAGACCACAGGACACAUAUACCACACCUUCUGGAGACACUUCAGACACUCUGAAAAGGUUCAUGCAAACCUAAUAGUGAUGGAAGCCCGGCUACAAGCAGCCCUUCUGUACACCUUACGAGCCAUCACACACUAUAUGAGAUGACACAUUCGCACAGUCACGUGUUUUUGCAGAUGCUGAGCCAGCUGUGUUGCACCACAGCCCCAAUGCAUAUCACAACAUGGAUAGACAAUCUUUCACACACACACACACACACACACACACACACACACACAGACAAACACUACAGUGAAUGCUUGUAUAUGCAUAUCUUAUGUUUCAGUGUUAAUGUUUUGAUGCUGCUUUUUGCGACAGGGAUAUUUAAAGUUUAUUACUUAUUUUGCACUGAAAUUUGUCCGGUUUUGUUUCCCCACUUGAGCCUCAACUGUUUUUUUUUCUGAAUAUCUUGCACACGUUUCUGUCACUCAAAAGCAUAUAUACGUGCUACAUGCUAGUUAUACAAGCGGAAUAAGGCACAGCAUUACUAAAUCAUCAUGAUUCAAGUGUUUCUUUUGCAGAAUUGUUCUUGUUUAUUUGACAUGGCUCAUCAGGCCAACAUCUAUCAACCAGACGAUGACAUGACUACUCGCACUUCAGUUCUCUCGGUCUGCAGCACACAGAGGCUG